AUGGGAUUUCUUUGUUAUACUCCGGUUUCGAAAACGACAUUGCGGACUCUGAAAAGGCAGGUAUUGAUAUUCAUUGUUUUUACCCUUUGUGCACUUGCAGUUAAGGGUGAGGUUCGCUAUUCGAUUUCGGAGGAGAUGAUUGCAGGAUCUCUUGUGGGAAAUGUAGCUAAAGACCUGGGGUUAGACAUUCUAAGACUUAAAACCAGCAGAGCACGUAUUUUUACCGAAGGGGGUAUGGAGUACUUUGAGCUGAAUGCGAAUAAAGGUACUUUGGUGGUUAAAGACAGAAUUGAUAGAGAGCAGCUGUGCGCACAGAUUACUCCUUGCUUCCUAAAUCUGCAGAUAGUGCUUGAAGACCCCAUAGAAUUUUAUCAUGUUGCCGUUGAAAUUGUUGAUGUAAAUGACAAUGACCCAAUGUUUCCAAAUAAAAACAUUAAAUUAGAAAUCAGCGAAGCAUCAAUGCCAGGAGCCCGUUUUGCACUGCUUAGUGCCAUCGACUACGAUGUGGGCUUAAAUGCACUUCAAACGUACACACUUUCACCAACUGACAAUUUUAAUUUAAAGAUUCGUAAACAAUCCGAUGGCAGCAGUUCAAUAGAUUUACUUUUAGUUAAACAGCUGGAUCGAGAAAACCAAGAGGAACACGUUGUGCUGCUUACUGCAGUCGAUAAUGGGAGCCCUCGGAGGUCUGGCACUGUCGAAAUUCGCAUUGUUGUUCUCGAUGCCAAUGACAAUGCCCCCAUAUUUACGCAAGAUGUUUACAAAACCGCUGUGAAAGAAAAUGUUUUAAUUGGUUCGGGGCUUAUUACAGUUACAGCUACCGAUGCAGACAAAGAAUUAUAUGGUUGGGUAACAUAUAGUGUCACCCACGUUACCGAUAACUGCGGAGAUCUGUUUGAAAUUAACUCAACCUCUGGUGAAAUCAAAGUGACAGGUCAGCUAGAUUACGAAACAUUUAAAAAGUAUGAAAUUACAGUCCAAGCUAAAGAUACAGGGGGCUAUACAGAUUCUUGCAAAGUGAUGGUAGAUAUAAUUGAUGUGAACGACAACAUCCCUUUAAUAACCCUUAUGUCAGUUUCAAGUGAAAUACCCGAAGACUCAGGACCUGGGACAGUGAUUGCCGUCAUUAAUGUACAGGAUAAGGAUUCUGGAAAAAACGGCCAAGUCACUUGUUUAAUUGAUGACAAUAUUCCAUUUAAGCUUAAGCCUUCUAUCAAUAAUUUAUAUAGUUUGGAGACGGGUGUACUUUUAGAUCGAGAAAUAACGUCACAGUAUAAUAUUACAAUUUACGCAAGAGAUGAAGGCAAGCCAUCUCUUUCAUCUAGCAUCACCUUAUCUUUAGGAGUAAAGGACGUCAAUGACAAUCCACCGAAAUUUGAACAGCAGCAUUAUACAGCAUACAUUACGGAAAAUAACUCCCCAGGAUAUUCGUUUUUUUCUCUACGCGCAAAUGAUGACGACUCUGGUGUUAACAGUAAACUUUAUUACUUCAUUCAAGAUCAUUUUAUUCAGAACAUAUCUGUUUCGUCAUAUAUUUCUAUUAAUUCCGAAGAGGGUACCCUCUGCUCUGUACGUUCUUUUGAUUAUGAGCAGUUCAACCGUUUUCAAGUUUCUGUCAUAGCCAAAGAUGGGGGAUCCCCGUCAUUUAGCGCAAGCGCGAUUGUAGAUAUUCUUGUGCAGGACCAAAAUGACAACGCUCCCCAGAUUCUGUUCCCCGUCCAGAAUAAAGCGUCAACCGGUCCUGAAAUUUUACCCCGCACUGCAGAUGUUGGCUAUCUGGUAACUAAAGUUGUGGCUGUUGACAAGGACUCUGGACAGAAUGCUUGGCUUUCUUAUAAACUCAUCAAAUCUACUGACCAAGCACUUUUCAAACUGGGGAUGCAUAAUGGAGAAUUAAGAACAGUUCGAGAAGUUACAGAGAAAGAUUCCACAAGGCAAACCUUAGUUAUUUCAGUAGAAGACAACGGGCAGCCAGCACAGUCAACUACAGUCACUAUAAACGUGGCGGUCACUGACAGCUUCCCUCAAGCAUUAGCGGAAUUCAACGAUCUCUCCCAGGAAGUCACUGGUGAAGCGGAUUUAACAUUUUAUUUAGUAUUGGCUUUAGCAAUUGUGUCGUUUCUUUUUCUAACAUUUAUCGUUAUCUUGAUAACUUUUAAAAUAUAUUCCUGGAGGCGGUCCAGACUCUUCAAAGCCUGUUCAAAUGGAAAUCUCCCAGUUAUCCCAUAUUAUCCACCCCGUUAUGCAGAUGUCGGUGGAACAGGAACUCUUCGUCACGUUUACAAUUAUGAAGUUUGCCUAACAACAGAUUCGGGAAGAAGCGACUUCAAAUAUAUUAAACCUGUCCUACACAGUGGUGUUAAUGGUGAACUUAGUGGACUGGAAACAAUGCAUUUCAAUCAAAAGACAGACUUGAAUACCAAUGAAGAACUUCUACAGGUAAGUGUGGACACCUAG